AGCAAAAUCCAUCAUCUUCUAUUUUGGGAUAGCCAGGGCGGAAAGGUAUAUAAACCUCCCCGCAGCUCACCUUACUUUCCGCACCAUCUACUUAUCUAACCACUUAUCUAUCUCUAUCUAUCACAUACAAUGGGUUGGUUCAGCGACGACUCUGACCAGGCUACUUCUUACGACACUGUCGUGAACGCCCCCCACAAGGCUGAGCUGUCUCACGAGCUCCUUGCUGCUGCUGCAUCUUACGAGGCUGCAAAAGCCUACGAGAACCACGUCGCCGCAAAUGGCCAGCCUGACUCCCAUGCCAAGGCUAAGGAGCUCCUUGCUGCCUUCUCUGGUGCCUUCGUUGACCGCAUGGUCGAGACCAAGGGGCUCGACUUCGUUGACCAACAACGGGCAAAGCACCAAGCUAAGGAGCAGGCUGAACAAGCUUUGGCUGACUCUCCCGACUUUGCCUACUGAGCGCUGAGCGUUACUUGACGUUGUAGGCUAGAUGUAUAAGUUUGGAAGUACUGUAUACCGAAGAAAAAUGAAUUGUAAAUGAUAUAGCAACCUUUCAA